UGUUUGUUAAAUGCUUGUAGAAGAGUUACAAUACUGUUUUGUGUAACAGACGCUACAGAAGUUAUUAAGAAGUAGGAAUCCUCAAGAUCUGCAAGCUGCUAAUAGAUUAAUAAAGGAUAUGGUGAAAGACGCUGACAGAAGAAUGGAACUCACAGCACGACGUAACAUGGAGUUGGAGACAGUACAUAACAAUGCAAAAGUUUUAAGUGAUAUGUUGCAUAACUACCAAUCAAAAGAAACAUCCGCAGAGGAGAAUGAACUUAUGACGGAACUGUUUGAUAGCUGUGAAAGGCUACGUCCUAAGCUCUUUAAGUUAGCUGGUGAACUGGAUGAAAAGGAUGAAGAUUUAG